UCAUCAAGAUAUUUUUGACAUCUUCUUGGUUACUUCACACUCUUUUCUUGCACAGUCCCUUCAGCCUGGUUGCUUUCUUCUUCCAACUUCUCUCCAUUCCUUCGAGAAAUCAGACCCAGCGAAAUCGACUUUCGCUCCUUUUUCCCCAGACCAACCAAGCACAUUUCGAACUCGAUAUCGCUAUCCAGUCGACCACCACAGCCUUCUCAUCAGAAGAUCGAUACACAGAGCAUUGACUGCUCUCUCGUUUCAGGCAGGCCCUCACCACACAAGAAAUUUCUUCAAGACAAUCCACCAGAUUCAAGAUGCAGUUCUCCACACUCGCCGUCGUUCUCUUCGCCGGCUUGGCAACUGCCCGCAGCCACGGACACGCCCAGCGCUUUCAGCACCGCCGUGCCUUCAACGAGUCCUCUUCCGCCGUUGACCUGACCACCCUGACCGUCCAGAUCACCUCCACCCAUACCGUUAUCGGCUGUGCCCAGAACGUCACCGACUGCCCUGCCCGCAGUGCCACCGCUAUCCGUACCGUCACCGAGGUCGUUGACUUGACCACCACCGUCUGCCCCGUUGCAUCGGCCUCUGAUAUCUCCAGCAGCGUCAUUGCCUCUGCCUCUGCCGUCCAGACCCAGGGUGCCGUUGUCUCUACCGAGGCUAAUGAGCCUGUCCAGACCAGCGACAGCGUCCUGACCUACACCCUUGGCACCGGAGCUACCCAGUCCGUCGUCACUACCACCAUCAAGCACACCAUUACUGGUUAUGUCACCAAGACUAUGACCAAGAGCGGCGGUGCCAAGGCCACACCUGUCGUAGGCGGUGGCCAGGCCAACGUUGGUGGAAACGACAAGGGAACUAACAACGGCAGCGGAAGCGGAGCCGGCAAUGGCAACGGUAACUCCGGUGAGCCAACGACCACCGUCCGCACCACCACCACAGCCACCCGCACCAUCCAUGUCAAGCCAACUGCGUCCGCCGGCUCAGGAACUGGUUCGUCCAACGGCGAGGGCAGCAAUGCAGGAAACGGAGGUGACUGCGCCGCACCAGUUACCGUCACCGUCGCCCUCUCGACCGUCACCGUGACCUACACCCCUCCCGCAGCAACAGGCACUACCCCAUCUGUUCCAAAUGCCGUUGUUCCCGGAAAGGACGCUGUCAAGACCAACGUCGCCGUCGCAACUGAGGCUGCCCCCGAGGCACCAGCUACCACUGCUGAGCCUACCAACGGAGGAGCUGCCGAGGAGCCAGUUACCAUUGUCACUAUCCCAGUGAUCCCAAUCCCAUACAAGAACUCCACUGAGACCGCGACGAGGCACUACUCCCACUCUUCCGGCUUCCUGAAGGCCCCAAGGCCAACUGGAACUGGAAGCAGCAUCCAGCCUGCCCGUACCGGCUGGUUCUAAAUGGAUGAACGUCGAGAUUGUCGCCACUAGGCGUUCAAGCAUGGUUUAGCAUGUUGCAGACACUUUUCUGCCUUACUUCUGAGCGACGAACAACAGCAUGCACAGCAUACCUUCAAUUCACUUCUUUGUAACACUUUCGGUAUUUUCUGACUGUGUCUUUUACUUCCAUUUACCUUUUUAUAGACAGUUUUAUUCUUGGAAAAGGAGGGUUUGAGUCAUCCGGCCGGGAUAUGAAUAGAACGCAAUUGUACCAUGUAUACACAGAAAUGAAGACAAUGAACACCC